ACUCCAAAACCAAACGCAUCCCAAUUCGCGCCACUUCUUCUUCUUCUCAAUUCGAAACCCUAGAAUUGUCUAUCGGUAUCUGAAAAUGUCUGGUCGUGGAAAGGGAGGGAAGGGUUUGGGCAAGGGAGGUGCGAAAAGGCACAGGAAGGUGUUGAGGGACAACAUUCAGGGGAUCACGAAGCCUGCGAUUCGUAGACUUGCGAGAAGAGGUGGCGUGAAGAGGAUUUCUGGGCUGAUCUAUGAGGAGACUCGUGGAGUUCUCAAAAUUUUCCUGGAAAAUGUGAUUCGUGAUGCUGUCACCUACACGGAGCACGCGAGGAGGAAGACGGUGACGGCCAUGGAUGUGGUUUAUGCGCUGAAGAGGCAGGGAAGGACUCUCUAUGGGUUUGGUGGGUAGUCUCUGUUUUGAUCUUAUCAUUGUAGUAGCUCUGUUCAUAUUUCCUUUGAAUUGCUCUGUUAUUAGAGGUUUUAGUAUUAUUAGUAUUUUGUAAUGCACAAUUUAUAUUUGAAGAUGUAGAUGCUCUAUUUGGUUGGAAAAUAUUUUUUUCCUAUUGAACUCAA